GACUAAAAUCCUAAAACUGAUAAGAUGAUGCUCGAAAGGGGGCGGUUUUCGGUGUCCUCGGUUUAACAUUUCACUGGGCGUGCAACUAUUCUCCUCGAUUCUUUUUAACUGCAGUCGUCGCGUGUCUGCCGGUCCGAUUUCAGUUCGUCAGCCAAGAAUGAGGAGCUUCCUCUUCGUCCGCCUGACGGUCCUUGCCGUUCUCUGUCAGAGGAUCUACGCGAUCGUGGACUGUGAAGUAAACACGGCUCCUAUGUUUCAGUUAAAGCAGCAUUUGCUUUGCGGCUACGACGCAGACGUCAGGCCGACCCAGGAUCAUAGGAAUCCUACCAAUGUCACCGUUUUUAUAAGUAUCGAGCACUACAGUGUGUAUGAAACGACGAACGCCGUGAACUUACACACCUUCACGAAACUGAUGUGGAAAGAUCCUUUCUUCACGUGGACACCGUCGAAAUACGCCGGUAUCGAAAAGAUUCACGUGGUGAGCAACGAGAUUUGGAUGCCGGACGUUACACUGCACAGCGCGUCGGACGCGGGCGUUGACAUCAAUAUGCCGAAGACAGACUGCGUGAUUUUUACGGGCACAGUGAUGUGUGUUCCGCAGGUGGUGUACACGAUGAAUUGCGAGAAAGACACCACAUGGUGGCCGUACGAUGUAAUAACCUGCGCCCUGCAGGUUUCUUCCUGGGCUUACUCCGUCGAGGACGUUAACACGACUUUCACGAACAUUGAGUACAGCAAGAAGGAAAUUAUAAGCGACAAGGAAUGGGGCCUGAUCAAUAUUACCAUGAAUGAACGCGUGGUGGACUCCAAGUUUGGUUCGGAUUUCCGCAGUAAAUUGAUAACGUACAAUAUUCUUCUCCAAAGACAGUCAUCCAUCAACGGUGUGAAUUACGUUACCAUUGCCAUAGUACUGUUCGCGGUGACUCUGAUAAUCCUCUGGCUAGAGCCGAAUUCCGACGAGCGUAUGCUACUCGCCAGUCUGAACUUCAUUAUGCAUCUACUCGCCUUGACGCACAUGGCUUGGACAGUCCCCUCUAAUGGACACAGUGUUCCGAAACUAGUCCUUCUUUAUGAAGACUCCUUUCUCUUGGCGAUGUUUGCACUGAUGUUAACGAGUGUCCUGCGCCACAUGCAUGGGCUGACUAUCGACGCGCCUUCAUGGGUAUCUUCGGCUUCGACCUUCAUUCUGAAGAGCAGAGUCGGUCAAGUAUUCCUAGUGACCGUUUCGGAUCCAAAAGUGGCUGCUCAGAUGGAGGCGAGUACGGAGGACAACACGAAUCUUGUGUCCUCUGAGAAGAAACAAUCGACUUGGAGAUGUACGUCGAUUCUGAUAAGAUGGCUUUCGUUCGUUAUUGUCUUAUUUACUUGUACAAUAUUGUUAGCCGUUAGGCUUCCGACAAGCAAAUCCGCGUAUCCUAUUGUAUGAAAUACAUAAUUACAAAGGGAAAGUUCCAUCGGUUACUCUGGAAGAAAGAUUGCGAUUAAAAGUUAUUUGUACAAUAAAAUAUUACAGAAAAUAAACGCUGGCGAUUAUUUG